GGGUAACUAAGCACGCCGAUUCUUCACAGAUGACUGUUUAUUAGAGUAAAUACAGCUAAUAAUUAGUAAUUGUGGUAAUGAGGUGAUUUUAUUAAACUCAGUGAGCACAAGGACGCUGAUGGGAGCUGGAUGUAGCUCAGACAAUAAUGUCAUCAGAGCAUCAACCGCAUCUUUACAGGACAACGAAACAACGCCUUUCAAAAUUCUCAUUUUAGGACCAAGUAAUGCGGGGAAAACCUAUUUAUUAUAUUCCUGGCUGUUGGAAGUAAAGGGCGUCCAUUCAACAAAGCCGACAGAGGAGUUUAAUGUUGAGACUGUUGAGUCCAAGUCAGGGGACAAAUUCACUGUGUGGGAUCUGAGUGGGGCCCUCCGACAUCACAGAAAGAGAAAGUUUUAUGAAGGAACUCAGGGAAUUGUAUUUGUGUAUGAUGCCAGCACGGACUCGAAACCAGCCAAAGAUGACUUACAGUUAUUGCUGGAGGAGCGAUUUGUGCAGGACGUUCCCUUGAUGAUUGUUGCUAAUCAACUUAAAGAACAUGAUACCCCAUCUGAGGAGGAUUUGCUUAAUAAUCUUGGUGUUAAACAGGAUCUGGUGAAUAGACAUUGGUGCUUAACACGAGUUCGACUGAAAUCUCAACAGGAUAUCGAUGGAGCAAUCUGUGAUCUCCAGAGACUUGUCACAAAGUGAAUUACCUCAAUGUUUAACCAGCUUCACCAUGUCUGUGGAGCCAUCAAAUUAACAUCAUCUAUCUCUGCAGGGCUAGCAUUUCAGUAAACCUACACAAAUCCUUGGAUCCAUUCUGUGGUUCUCGCAAUCGUAAAUUACCCAUCCUUAAUUGUCAUUAACAUUUUACUGACCAAUCAGCUAUUCUUGUAAAGGAAAUUGGUAAGGAAGGGGGACAUGAAGACUUUCAGGCUUUCUUUUCCAUGUCAGUUUUUGGAUGUUGAUUUCUUUCUAAACUCCAUCACAAUCAAUUGGAAUGGCUACCAUCUUGAUAUUGCCAGCUCAUCUUGAGGCACUGGUCUGUUAGACUAUGUAGCAUACCAAAUCAAAUUGGCUAAUGAAAAUCAAGGGCAAGUACCGGUAAUUUGAGAAUGUAAAUGGAUAUGGGGCUAGUGUAGGUUUACCAGAACACAAGCCCUGGAUAUAUAGAGGAUGUCAUGCUGGCUGCAUUGUCUCUUCCAAAUACAACUGACACCUCCAACAGAGAUGCCAACCCUUACGCUUUAGGCGUAAUUAUUACGAUUU